AUGCACGUCUCACUCAGCCGCUCGCUGCAGCUGCUGACGUUUUUCACGGGUUUCAGCUCCGCGGCGACGAUAACAACGACGCCCACGACCUCCGUUGAAGUUGACCUUGUCUUCCCGCGCAAUGGCAGCACUUACAAGCCCGUCUGGCCUUUCCCCUUCGUCUUCGCCGUUCAAAACGCCUCGAAGCUCUGGCCAGAGUCUGACGAAAAGAACUUUUACAACUUUUGGGUGAAGUGGGAUCUCACGGGGUACACCGAUAUCAACGAUGCGGACACGGGGCAGCUCUUCAGCUCGGGCGUCUGGCAAACCGAGGCCAAGAACAAAACCACUGACACAUAUACCAUCAUCGACGCUUCCCGGAGAGACCUGGUCAACGCGACGCAGCGGGAGUUCCGCUUACGAUACACGGCGACUAUGUUCAGCGCCUGCCCAAAGAACGUCACUGGCGAGGGCCCGUCAUCAAAAGUCUACGAUGUCUCGUACAACGGCACCGCCUUCUUCACAACCGACCCCAACGGACAGAUCCCCUCUCUCGUCGACACGACUUCCUGCCCCGACUUUGUCGGCAGUUUCCAAAUCACAGGCAAUAGCCACGACUACGGCGACAUCUGCCCCGUGGUUUCGGACAAGGAGCCCGCGUCUGAGGCGUGUAAAAUCAAGAUGGACGCGGCUUUGGAGACGCAGGUCAAGGCGGCGAUGCUCACUCGUGCAAAUUGCCAGAACGGGACCUGGCCUGACCCCGAGGGGAAGCUUUCAGCGUUGUCUUGCAAUGCAGUCAAGACCAGUGAUGCGGGUGCCAAGUUGCUCGGCGGUCUUGUCACCAAGUCCUCGGCGCUCGUGUUGAUCUUGGCCGCAUCUUGGGCAAUAGUCUGA